UUAAAAUUAUAUCAUAGACAUCCCUGACCUGACCUCCAACUCUAAUAUCUGGCAAUUAAGAGUCACUACUAGGGUAGUGUCAUCAUAACUCAUCUCUCCGGCGCGAUCUCUCGGCUUAUCCAAAUUCCUUCCAUUUUUACAGGUUAUUAUUUUUUAAAGAGUAAGGAGCUGGAUUUGAGAUAUGGUUUUAGUUGUGGGAGCACUAAUUUUAGCUGUCAUUUUGGGAGUAUUUCUUUUGAUCCCACGAGACCGUAAAUCUGCUUAUUCAAAAACGGUUCACCCAAAUGUUAACACUAAUAAGGCAUCCAAACUCUAUAGUAAGACUGAAGUCUCUUUGCAUAAUAAGAGAACUGAUUGCUGGAUAAUCAUCAAGAACAAGGUGUAUGAUGUUACCUCAUAUGUAGAAGAACACCCAGGUGGUGAUGCCAUCCUAGCACAUGCUGGUGAUGAUUCAACUGAAGGAUUUUAUGGACCACAGCAUGCCACCAGAGUUUUUGACAUGAUUGAAGACUUCUACAUUGGAGACCUGGAGCAGUAAUUUGUUGAUAGCCAGUGGCUUGUAAAAACAACCAACAAAUGUACUCGGAAAACUUUUUUCUUCUAUUGGAUUCGCUAGUUCUUCCCCACAUUAUGGCCAGUUACCUUUUACUUUAAGGAGUCAUGAUCAUGAUUAUGUUCUUUUCAUUUAUGUAUUUUUUAUUAUUUUUCCGUGAAUUUUUGGGGUUUGAACUGAUGUUGCCCAAUCUCCAAAUUGCAAAUUUUUCUCAGUGCAUCAUAGCUCAUCGGCCUUUGGCUACGCAAAGAUAUUGAAAGCGUUUGUCAAACUGUUUCCUUGUAAAUUCUAAUGACGUUGCCUGGAAUUGGAUUUCAAAUUGGAAGGGACAGUGUGGGAUAAGGAAAAAAAGAAAUUUUGUUUAUCCAGCAAAACAACU